CACCAGCAAAGCUAUCAACAAAUAUGCUGUCAGGCCACAAACCUUCUAUAUUGUACUUUUAGAAAAGUAAUAUUUGGUAAAGUGAGCGUGUGAGUGCUGGGAUUCGAAUCUACGGAAGUCCUUUUCGUUUGUGCUGUGCUGUUGUUGUUUUGUUGCUUUGGCUACUGCUGUCGCCCUGUAUACGCCCUUGCGUAUAACAAUGGACAUGGAAUACGCCAACAUCAAUGAAUUUAAUGACCGCGACCUAGCGACACGCAUGCGCAACAGCAAUUAUUAAAAAUGCAAGUCUCUGGUGCGCAUGCACCUCUCCUUCGAGCUGGAACUAAACACCGACGAGUUCGACAUGCCGUGCCAUGAAAUCGUCUACGAAGAUAAGGGCAAGAUAAAGAAGUGGAAUCGCCUCUCCAAGAAGAAUCGCGGACCUGCCACAGGCUGCACGGCUGGGGCAGGCAGUAAGUCGGCGGGAAACAGUCCCACUGAAACGCAGCAACAAAUUGAUGCAGGCUUUCUGAUGCACCUGGAGGAGCUCAAAGAGUUUCUUAUGCUGGAGAAGAAUCUCACCCAGGAGGGACUAUUUCGCAAGACAGGAGCCGUUUCCAGGCAGAACGAGCUACGAAUGCACAUACAGCACGACCAGCCCUUGGAUUUGGAACUGACAGGAUUCUCGGCUCACGACUGUGCCACUGUUUUUAAGAGCUUUCUGGCCGAGCUGCCAGAGCCUUUGCUUACAGACGCCCACUAUCCAGAACAUCUUCAGAUAGCGCCGCUUAGCCAGGCAUUAAUGGGGGGUCAGGUGGCGGCUACCGCAGAGCGCCAACAUCUUCUCAACUCGGUGCAGCUGCUCCUUCUCCUGCUCCCCGAAGAGCAUCGCGAGUUACUGCAGCACAUUAUUAAAAUGCUCCAUUCGGUGGCAGCGCGUGAGGAGAGCAACAAGAUGUCCGCGGAGAAUUUGGCCAUCUUGUUUACACCGCACCUGAUUUGCCCCAGGCAAAUGCCGCCUGAGGCGCUCCACUAUAUGGCGAAGAAGAUGUCCAGCAUUGUGUCUCACAUGAUUCAGCAGGGUCUGGAAAUCUUCGAAGUUCCCGGAAAGCUAGCCACCGAUAUUCGGGCGUACUUUCUUGAGCGCAAACGCAAAAAAACCAUGUCACCGGAGCAAACCCUUGAAGAAUCCAUCUCGGACGACUCGACGGUCAACACGGUGUACACUUUUGUAGAUCGUGCCGCCACGGCAGCGGCAAACAACAGCAAUUACACGGACACUGCACUGGCGCAGCUGUACGCGCACAUUCAGAGCCUUCCGGAGUCCUCCAAGAAGCGUCGCCUUAUCAAGCAGUUUAACAAGCAAAACGGACAAGGUAGCACAUUGUCUCCACUCCGUUGCGUUCCUUUGGGACACAGCUCAUUGAUUCCACUCGCUCCUUUCAGGCACACCGCUGCAGGUCAUCGCGAGGAGCUCCAGCGUGCCAUAAGUGAGCAUCACGAGAAGCAUGAUGCCAAAAUGAUGCGCGCCAUGGAGCGCCAGAGCGUAAGAAGUAGAAAUCCAUAUGGAUCACUGCACCCAGCCGUUUCGUUAUAUAACACCAUUUCGAUCAUCCUGCAGCUAUGCCAUAAAUGCGGCUAAACUGAAACUGUAAACACUUUUGUAUGCGACGUAAUAAAGACUUGAAUGUACCCAAAGCACUAA